AUGUAUUAUCUGCACUGUUUUUUGGUGACAUACAUUUGUACAUUAGUUGCUGGCGUAGUUCCGCAAAUGACAACACCAGCAGCACUAAAAAUGAUUUCCAGCGGUAAAAGAACGCCAUCACUAUAUCCGCCGGUAUUAAAGGUUACGUCGAAUGAAGGCUACAUAGUGGAAUCUGCAGAGAUGGGUACCACAGUGCGGGUUUCCCCUUCACGUUUUUCCAGUUCACUCCAAAUUGUCGUUCACGACGGAGACUUGAAGCCCGGAAUGCCUCCAGCUGUGUAUGAAUAUAUUUUGACCGGUGUGGGCUCGUCCCUAUUCGCCGUCGACCAGCGAGGUUAUGUUUAUCUGAAUGCACCGCAUAUUGAUGCUGACCCUCCGAAUCCGACAGCCUAUCAGCUGAAUGUAAGCAGCUUUGUUAAUCUGUCAGCGCAUCUAAAAUGCGUCAGUGACUUUACGAUUGUCGGACCACGUGAGGAGGACUUAUCGGGGACAGCGUUUAAUAAGAGAAAAAAAAAAAUGACGAGAUUUUCCGCUAAUUUAUCCUAG